UUAAAGAGGGCAUGCGCUAUGGGUGUGCUAUAGGAUGGCUCAUUGAUAUUAAACAUGGCUGUGGGCGGACGCAUUGUGACAGCGGCAGGGAGGAAGAGGUGUUUUUCACAUACCAGAACAGCACAGCCAGGGUAAAUAAACCACUCUCCCCAAGCAUGGCACUGAACCCAGCCAUUCAAGCAACUAUCGAUCUCUUGGCAGGAGCUGCAGGUGGUACUGCAUGUGUACUAAGUGGUCAGCCCUUUGACACCAUAAAAGUGAAGAUGCAGACAUUUCCCGCCAUGUACCGGGGGCUCCUAGACUGUGCCGUGAAGACGCACAAGCAGAUUGGGUUCAAAGGAUUCUAUAAAGGGACCAGUCCCGCAUUGGUUGCCAACAUAGCCGAAAACUCUGUACUCUUUAUGAGCUAUGGGUUUUGUCAGAGAGUUGUCAGAGCCAUUGCUGGCGUAGACACAAACACACAGCUAAGUGAUCUGCAAAAUGCAGCCGCUGGAUCAGUAGCUUCAAUUUUUGCCGCCCUGGUUCUCUGUCCCACGGAGUUGGUAAAAUGCAGACUCCAGGCCAUGCAUGAGCUGCAGUUAUCUGGCAAGAUAUCACAGGGACAAAAUACAGUUUGGUCAGUAGUAAAAGGAAUUGUACAAAGAAAAGGACCCCUAGGUUUCUACCAAGGUCUGACGAGCACAAUUUGCAGAGAAAUGCCAGGCUAUUUCUUUUUCUUCGGGGGAUAUGAACUGAGCAAGACAUUCUUUGCAUCAGGAGGAAAAUCGAAAGAUGAACUUGGUCCAGUUGCUUUGAUGAUAAGUGGUGGUGUAGGAGGAAUUGCAUUGUGGCUUGCAGUAUUUCCAGUGGACUGCAUCAAAUCCAGAAUCCAGGUCCUCUCCAUCACAGGAAAACAAGCUGGCUUCAUGAGUACAUUUUCAAGCAUUGUCAAGAAUGAAGGAAUACCAGCAUUAUAUUCAGGAUUGAAGCCUACUUUGAUCCGAGCAUUUCCAGCCAAUGGCAUCCUCUUCCUGACGUACGAGUACACUAGAAAACUGAUGAUGAGGCAGGUGGAGGCGUAUUAACGUUCCCAUCGACCUUGCUAAAAGCAUCAUAAUCUCAGGGUUCUCACGCAAGACUGUGGAAAAACGGAGCAUUCUUCAUGUUCUGUUUUUUGUUUUUACUCAACUUCAACAGGGUAAUUAAUAGUUUAAGUUUUG